AUGGAUCCUGACCCGAUCCGUGUACGAUUGGAGAUGGGUCUUCUCCGCGAGAACGCCGCAUACUGGUGGCGCGCUUCCGCCUCUUCCCUCGCCUGCCAGCUUGCUGCUAUAUCCACGCUGGCCGGCGGCUUCUACGCUGAAUCUGCCUCUCCUUCUCUUCUUCUGGCUUAUCGGAAGAAGUUUGAAUUGGAAGAGACACAAUCUGAUGAAGUUCAAGGCAUAAACAAGGUGGACUGUGUAAUGCAACAUGCAUGCCAGGAGUGUGGUGCAUCCUUCCGCAAACCAGCACAUAUGAAGCAGCAUAUGCUGAGCCACUGCAUCGAGGUAUAAGAGUUGGGCUAUUGAAACAUGUUUGAUUUUGCGUGAAGCACUGGAUCCCAUGCGACAAACUCCAAAAUGCAAAGAGGCUCCAUAGAAUCUUGAAUGGACUAGUAUCAGGAUGGGGGACCUCCUGUGAAGCUCCAUCAAGAAAGCCUCAAUCAGGCAUUUUAAUGAGAGACCUUUUUCCUGCCCGGUGGAUGAUUGCCAUGCUAGUUAUAGAAGAAAGGACCAUUUGACUCACCACUCAUCGACGCACCGAGGACUUUUCACUUGCCCUGGUAGCAAGUGCAAUUGCAAAUUUGGAAUAAAGGC